AUGGCGAAGCUGCUCGCAACGUUCAAAGCCACGCUGACGAGGAUUCUGUUUGCCGCCCACGGGUUCAUUGCGAUCUGGCAGGUGACGCAGAACAAGAAGGAACCCAUCUACUGGUGUCUGUGCGCCCCGAUCGGGGUGCUCUUUAUCGAGGGCAUCUUUACGCUGGCGAUCAAGAAGAACCAAGAAUGGCGCUGGUUCUGCCCAUCGGUAUUCCUGUACCUUUCCAGCAUCGUGCCCGCCAUCUGGCUGCUCGAGCUGGACAAGCUGGACAAGCGCACCCGCUACCAGGACCGGAUGCUGAACGAAACGAUCAAUCUGGCGGCGACGGUCGGCAAGGAUCUGAAGGAUCUGAACAAGAUGCUGGGCGUGAAGAUCCAGCUGCCCGACAUUCAGCUCACCGCCGAGAUGUGGGUGACGCUGAUCGAGCAGUUCCUGAUGCUGGUGCUCAUCAUCGGCCGGUGGAUGCUGCCCAAGGGCGACCUUACCCGCGACCAGCUCAGCCAGCUGCUGCUCGUGUACAUCGGCACGGCGGCGGACAUUAUCGAGUUUUUCGACUCGUUCAAGGACGCGAAGAUAGCGAACGAGCCGGUGCUGGUGCUGCUGACGCUCAGCAUCUGGUCCUGGUCGUUGCUCCAGUUCACGAUCGUACUGUCCGCGACGAGGGCGCGCAAACCGCGCGGCGGUGGUGCCCAGCUGCGCGAUGGCCCGGCCGACGAUGCCAGCUGCUGCAAUGUGGCGUGCUGUAACAUCGACGUGUGGGGCAUCGCGCUGAACAUACUGCUGCAGGACGCACCGUUCCUAACCUUUCGGCUGCUCAUCAUCGUGCACUACAAAAUCAUCACCUACAUGAACAUCUUCUUCACCUGCAAAAAUACGCUCGUGAUACUGCUCCAGCUUUACCGGCUGUACGUGGUAAACUCGGAAAAUCGGAAAGCGGCCGCCACCAAGCGGCGCCUGAAGAUGCGCAGCAAGGCAGAACAAUCAGCAAACCGGCAGCAGCAGCAGCAGCAGAAGCAGCGAAAAAUCAGCAAAAGACCCGGUCCGUACACAUCCUCCUUACUGCUGUUGAUUAUCUCCUUUUGUGUUGUUUUAUUUCCCUGUCUUCCUCGCACACGCACACACAGAAAAGUAGCCGACAUUGCAGACGACGAACCGGACCAGCUGGACGCUGGAAGAAAGUCAAAGUCCCAUUCACGGAAAAGCCGGUCGUCCUCGUCCCGCAAGGACACUGGCUACUCGACGGCCAGCAGUCAGACGACGGCCGAGCAGCGGCGUCUGCGGAAGUCGGCGGCGAAGCCGCGGCCCGGUACCGAGUCGGAUGGGGACGAUCCAUUGCCACCACCGAUCUACAGUGACGAGGAUGAUGGUGGUGGUGGUGGUGCUGAUGAUCGCAACCAAUCGGAUGGCGAGCGUGUUGGACGCCGGUCAAAGGAUGGCAAGGACAGAAAGUCUAGCUCGCGCCACACGGACGGCAAAACGGGCGGCGGCAGCAGCAGCAGCCGAAGAAAGCAGCGAACCUCACUUGAUAGUGAUCGUAGCGAGGAUGGGGCAGACACGAGACAUCAGCGCAAAAGCCGUAAAGGAGCUGACGGAGCCGGCGGUAGUUUCGAGAUAAUACACGAAAAAUCGUCCACCGGACAGAAGAAGCAGACAAAGAAGAAGAACAACAAAUCCAAACGGCCAGCGUCGGAUGAGCUGUCCUCAUCGUCCGAAGCUACGACGAGUGGGUCCAGCUCGGGAUCGGAAUAAAUGUACACACACACACUAUGGUGUGCGGUUGGUUGGAAAAUUUCACUACCGGAGAGAGAUCCUUCGCGGUAUUGGGUGCUUUGUGGGCCUUGCGGGUCCGGACCGUGCCCGGGAAGCGUAAAUAUUUGCUCGACUGUUCAGGAAAGGAAAGCUACAAAUGCAUACCACCGUGCGAAGGAUAAAUCUCGGCUGCAAACAAAAGCCUGCAAAAGUGUAGGCAGUACUCCGUGCAGCUUGGUUGGAGUCUCUGUUUUCGUUGAAACUAAGCGAGUAGGAAAAUAUUGGAUGCAAAAAUCCAGUAAGAUUUUUUGGUCAGAUUAUUCGCAAGCUUUAAACCGUCUACAGGCUCAUUCCAAUGCGAAUGGAGAUAUGGUGCGUUUGAUAACCUGUUGUUAUGAUAGGACCGAAAGGGUGUAA